CGGGAAGGUGGUAGCGGAGUAGUUGGCGGGUGGUUGAUCAGAGCCGGUCGCCAUGUCCGCGGGGAGCGCGACACAUCCUGGAGCCGGCGGGCGCCGCAGCAAAUGGGACCAACCAGCUCCAGCCCCCCUUCUCUUUCUGCCACCAGCGACCCCAGGUGGGGAGGUUACCAGCGGUGGGGGAAGCCCUGGGGGCUCCACCGCUGCUCCCUCUGGAGCCUUGGAUGCUGCUGCUGCUGUGGCUGCCAAGAUCAAUGCCAUGCUUAUGGCCAAAGGAAAGCUGAAACCAACUCAGAAUGCUGCUGAGAAGCUUCAAGCCCCUGGCAAAGGCCUAACUAGUAAUAAAAGCAAGGAUGACCUGGUGGUGGCUGAAGUGGAGAUCAAUGAUGUGCCUCUCACGUGUAGGAACUUGCUGACCCGAGGACAGACUCAAGAUGAGAUCAGCCGACUUAGUGGGGCUGCAGUGUCAACUCGAGGGAGGUUCAUGACAACUGAGGAGAAGGCCAAAGUAGGACCAGGGGAUCGUCCAUUAUAUCUUCAUGUUCAGGGCCAGACACGGGAAUUAGUGGACAGAGCUGUAAACCGAAUCAAAGAAAUUAUUACCAAUGGGGUGGUCAAAGCUGCAACAGGGACAAGUCCAACUUUUAAUGGUGCGACAGUCACUGUCUAUCACCAGCCAGCGCCUAUUGCACAACUGUCUCCAGCUGUUAGCCAGAAGCCUCCCUUCCAGUCAGGGAUGCAUUAUGUUCAAGAUAAAUUAUUCGUGGGUCUAGAACAUGCUGUGCCCACUUUUAACGUCAAGGAGAAAGUGGAAGGUCCAGGCUGCUCCUAUUUGCAGCACAUUCAGAUUGAAACGGGUGCUAAAGUCUUCCUGCGAGGGAAAGGUUCAGGCUGCAUUGAGCCAGCAUCUGGCCGAGAAGCUUUUGAGCCUAUGUACAUUUACAUCAGUCAUCCCAAACCAGAAGGCCUGGCUGCUGCCAAGAAGCUCUGUGAGAAUCUCUUGCAAACAGUGAGUUAUAUUUAUCUGUCUGAAACUUAUCUAGGAGAUCUACUGCCAUUUUGGAGUGUGUGUCUUAGCUAUUUUUCUAUCUGUAUUAGUUUCCUAGUCCUGCCAUAUCAAAUUACCACCAACUGGGUGACUUAAAACAAUAGACAUUUA